AUGACACUUCCUCCUCCUCUACGAAUUGCCUUUUUUGGCUCAGACAAGUUCAGCGUUGCUUCGCUACGAAGGCUAUAUGAUAUCCAUCAGCAAAAACCCUCCAUUAUAUCAUCUUUGAAAGUCAUCACUCGCUCUAUCAAACCGACGGGAAGGAAGCUCAAAAAACUAGUGGAUGUCCCAAUUGGCGAAUACGCUCUGCAGAACGGUAUACAUACGUUUAGAGCAGACUCGCUGGAACAGAUUCUAGGUGUUUUAGAUCACGAAAAGUUCGAUUUGGCAGUGGCCGUUUCUUAUGGUAAACUCAUCCCAGGCGCGUUCAUCAAUGCCAUGAAGUAUGGUGGUCUCAAUGUUCAUCCGUCAUUGUUGCCAAUGUAUCGAGGCUCUUCUCCAAUUCAAUAUGCAUUGAAGGAUGACUUGAAGGAAACAGGCGUAUCACUUCAGACCUUACACCCAACAAAGUUCGACCAUGGCUUGAUUCUUCUGCAAUCUGAAGCUGUUCCAAUUGAGGAUAACGACAACUUUGUAAGCCUAAGUGAACGGUUGAGUGGUGUGGGUGCAGAAUUGCUUGCUUCAGCUAUCACCAAUGGUAUCUACCUAGAUCCUAAACCAAUUGACUCGGGGCAUACGCCAUCGCUAGCACCCAAGAUAUCUUCUGCAGAAUCCCAAGUUGAUUGGAAUCUCUCCUCCAGGCAAAUAAAGCGCUUGAAUGAUGCUCUUGGCCCUAUUCAUUCGUACAAGGAGGUUGAUAUAAUGAAGAAGAAGGAGAGAAUACAUGAACUUCAAAAGGUUAUUCUUGACGAUAUCGAAAUUUCUACAAACGACUUCGGCCUCAAAGAGCCUGGUGAAUUCAAAUAUGAUGCUCCUACUGCUUCAAUUGCCAUCCGUACAAUUGGUGGGUCUAUAAUCUGA